UUAAUGUUAAGAUUGCACCGGAAGAGACCGUCGCGGCGGCUCAGUCAGAGUUGAAAGGCUACCAAAGUUGGUUAACGUUACGAUAAGCUAGCAGCUGGAAAAGCUGGUCUCAAAUAUUAGCAUAAUGUCAACUACAGAAGAAGACACAGAUCUUACUAUUCCAUGUGUCCUCAUCACUAGCGCUGACAGUGGUUUUAAAGAAGAAGAGCUGAUAAAACAAAUCCUCAGUUCGAAGACUUUGCCCGAACCGACAAAGACAGAAGAAACCGUAGCCUGGUAUCCAUGGACCAUCAACAACAAAUAUUAUACAGCAGAUGUCAGGCUAUGUGUUGUACCAAGCACUUUUCAAAUGUCAUCGGAGAUCGCCCAGUCCAUGCAGGCUUUCAUCGCUUAUUUUGACAGUACAGUGAAGGAUGGUCUGGAAAAGCUACAUCCUUGGAUAUCAGUGGUGGAAGAUCUUGCUCCAGAGGUGCUCAUUCUGGUGUGUGACAGAGUCAGUGAAAAUGGGGUCACCAGACAUGAAGCACAGCAGUGGUGUUUGGCUCAUGCCUUUGAGCUGGUGGAGCUCAAUCCACAGGAGUUGCCAGAUGAGGAUGAUGACUUUCCAGAAUCCACAGGUGUAAAGAGAAUUGUCCAGGCUCUCAAUGCCAAUGUGUGGUCCAGUGUGGAGAUGAAGGAUGGGCACAAUCAAGGCUUUGGUCUGAUGAGUAGUUUGGUGGCCUCUAGACACAACAACCCACGAAACUGUCCACAAGAUCCACCAUCUUCCAGCUUGCCAGUAGAGGGCCCACGUGUUAGUGAGGAAGAUAGCCAUACAGAAAGUAGUGCAAACACACAGGGAGACGCAGUAGUUGAUGCAAUGACUGAUUUGGACAUUCAGGAACUUGCUAAUCUCACAGCUGGAGAUGCAGAUGUGGAUAAUUUUGAACGCCUCUUUACUAAACUAAAAGAGAUGAAAGACAAAGCUUCGUCACUACCUCAUGAGCAGAGAAAGGCUCAUGCAGAAAAGGUAGCAAAAGCAUUUUGGAUGGCCAUCGGUGGCGAUGAAGAUGAGAUAGACGGGUUAUCAUCGGGUGAGGAAAGCUAAAAGUAGCUACCUGUGACUUAGUCUUUUUACUCCUGAUCCUCCUCCUUUCCUGGGGCUCCCACAAGAUCCAGUGCCCUUUGACUUGCAUGUGGCACCUGGAAAGCGGAGAUGCUUACAGAUUGUACUGUAGGCAUAGUCAUGUUUAGAAACUUUUGAUUCUUAAAAUGAAACGAUUGCAAUACUGGUCUAUAGUGAAAAGCAGUUGUAUGUCUUGAUUAGGGAGAGAAGAGAGGCAACAGAUGGCCCUGACCCUCAGUUUUCUCCCCUGGGCCCCUCUCUUUGCUCUAAGCCCUGAGUGAACCUCAAGACAUAAUGGUGUUGCAGGUGUUAAAACUAAAUUAAAUUAUGUGGGUUUUGGUUUAUGUCUGUUCUUUUAGUUACAGUUGUCAUAAUGUGCCUUAUCCUUGUAAGACAUUUAAUGCACAUUCUGUUGAAUCAACAUAAAGACUUGUCAUUUUA